GAUCACGACUCCGGUCCAAACAGUGAUCAUGACUCCGGCCCACACCGGGAACAUGACUCCAGCCUACACCGAGAUCUCGACUCCAGCCCAAAUCGGGAUCUCAACUCCGGCCCACACCAGGAUCUUGACUCCAGCCCACUCCGGGAUCUCAACUCCGGCCCACACCGGGAUCUCGACUCCAGCCCAAAUCGGGAUCUCGACUCCGGCCCACACCAGGAUCUUGACUCCAGCCCACUCCGAGAUCUCGACUCCAGCCCACACCGGGAUCACGACUCCGGCCCACACCUGGAUCACGACUCCAGCCCACAGCUGGAUCACGACUCCAGCCCACGCCGGGAUCUCGACUCCAGCCCACACCUGGAUCACGACUCCGGCCCACACCGGGAUUUCGAUUCCAGCCUGCACCGAGAUCACGACUCCCUCCCACACCGGGAUCACGACUCCGGCCCACACCGGGAUCACAACUCCAGCCCACACCGGGCUCUUGACUCCGUCCUACACCGUGAUCCCACCUCCAGCCCACACCAGGAUCUCGACUCCCUCCCAUACUGGGAUCACAACUCCGGCCCACGACGGGAUCACAACUCCGGCCCACACCGGGAUCACGACUCCGGCACAAUCCGGGAUCACGUUUCCGGCCUACACCAGGAUCUCGACUUCAGCCCACACCGAGAUCUCGACUCGCGCCCAUACCGGGUCUCGACUCCAGCCCACACUGGCAUCUCGACUCCAGCCCAUACCGGGAUCCCAUCUCUGGCCCACACCGAGAUCUCGACUCCGGCACACACCGGGAUCUCGACUCCGGCACAAAUCGGGAUCACAACUCCGGCCCACACCGGGAUCUCGACUCCGGCCCACACCGGGGUCUCGACUCCAGCUCGCAACGGGAUCUCGACUCCGGCCCACACCGGGAUCUCGAAUCAUGUCCAAACCGGGAUCUCGACUCCAGCCCACAUCGGGAUCUCGACUCCGGCCCACACCGGGAUCUCGACUCCAGCCCACACCGGGAUCUCGACUCCAGCCCACGAUGGGAUCACGACUCCGGCCCACACCGGGAUCACGACUCCGGCCCAAUCCGGGAUCACGUUUCCGGCCUACACCAGGAUCUCGACUUCAGCCCACACCGAGAUCUCGACUCGCGCCCACACCAGGAUCUCGACUCCAGCCCACACUGGCAUCUCGACUCCAGCCCAUACCGGGAUCCCAUCUCUGGCUCACACCGAGAUCUCAACCCCAGUCCGCACCGGGAUCUCGACUCCAGCCCAAACCGGGAUCACGACUCUAGCCCACACUGGGAUCACGACUCCAGCCCACACCAGGAUCUCGACUCCGGCCCAAAUCGGGAUCACAACUCCGGCCCACACCGGGAUCUCGACUCCGGCCCACACCGGGAUCUCGACUCCAGCUCGCACCGGGAUCUCGACUCCUGUCCAAACCGGGAUCUCGACUCCUGUCCAAACCGGGAUCUCGACUCCAGCCCACACCGGGAUCUCGACUCCGGCCCACACCGGGAUCUCGACUCCAGCCCACACCGGGAUCUCGACUCCAGCCCGCACCGGGAUCUCGACUCCAGCCCACACCGGGAUCUCGACUGCCUCCCACACUGGGAUCUCGACUCCGGCCCACUCUGGGAUCACGACUCCGGCCCACACCAGAUUCACGACUCCUGUCCAAACCGGGAUCUCGACUCCAGCCCGCACCAGGAUCUCGACCGGCCCACACAGGAAUCUCGACUCCAGCCCAAACCGGGAUCUCGACUCCAGCCCGCACCGGGAUCUCGACUCCAGCCCACACCGGGAUCACGACUCUCUCCCACACCGGAAUCACAACUCCGGCCCGCACCGGGAUCUCGACUCCGGUCCACACCGGGAUCUUGACACCGGCCCAAUCCGGGAUCACGUAUCCGGCCUACACCAGGAUCUCAACUUCAGCCCACAUCGAGAUCUCGACUCCAGCCCAUACCGGGAUCCCACCUCCGGCCCACACCGAGAUCUCGACCCCAGCCCGCACCGGGAUCUUGACUCCGGCCCGCACCGGGACCUCGACUCCGGCCCAAACCGGGAUCACGACUCCGGCCCACACCGGGAAUUCGACUCCAGCCCGCACCGGGAUCACGACUCCCUCCCACACCGUGAUCCCACCACCAGCCCACACCGGAAUCUCGACUCCAGCCCAUACUAGGAUCACGACUCC